CUCUCGGCUCUCAGCGUGACGUAUGUCCUGGCGCCCGGUUAGUUAGCUUCAUAGCUAGUUAGCUAGUUGUUGUAGUUGACAGCGCACACUGGAGUCGGUCAGCGUUAGCUAACCAGCUAGUAAAUAACGUUUCCUGCCCUGGUGACUGUCGGCAUCUGCCAUGGACGACGAUAGCUACCCUAAAACCCUGUAUGUGGGAAACCUCUCUCGGGAUGUGACCGAAAUAUUAGUUCUUCAACUCUUCACCCAAAUUGGACCUUGUAAAAGUUGCAAGAUGAUCACAGAGCAUACAAGCAACGACCCCUACUGCUUUGUGGAGUUCUUUGAACACAGAGAUGCUGCUGCAGCCCUCGCAGCCAUGAACGGGAGGAAGAUACUAGGAAAGGAGGUCAAAGUUAAUUGGGCCACCACUCCCAGUAGCCUGAAGAAAGACACAACCAAUCACUUCCAUGUUUUUGUGGGUGAUUUGAGCCCAGAGAUUUCCACCGAGGAUGUCAAGGCUGCAUUUGGACCUUUUGGGAAAAUCUCGGACGCUCGUGUUGUGAAGGACAUGGCGACAGGCAAAUCAAAGGGGUAUGGAUUUGUGUCCUUCUACAACAAACUGGAUGCAGAGAAUGCCAUUGUCAACAUGGGGGGGCAGUGGCUCGGAGGACGCCAAAUCAGGACCAACUGGGCAACACGUAAACCACCAGCUCCAAAGAGUUCCCAGGACAAUUGCUCAAAGCUGCUGAAGUUUGACGACGUAUUGAGUCAGUCCAGUCCACAGAACUGCACCGUGUACUGUGGGGGGAUCCAGUCAGGAUUAUCAGAACACCUAAUGCGACAGACCUUCUCCCCCUUUGGUCAAAUAAUGGAAGUCAGAGUUUUCCCAGAGAAAGGAUACUCUUUCAUCAGGUUUUCUUCACAUGACAGUGCUGCCCAUGCCAUUGUUUCAGUCAAUGGCACAGCCAUUGAAGGACAUAUGGUGAAGUGCUACUGGGGCAAAGAAUCUCCUGACAUGGCAAAAAAUCCACAGCAGGUUGAGUACAAUCAGUGGGGACAAUGGAACCAGGUCUAUGGAAGUCCACAGCAGCAGCAGCAACAGCAGCAGCAACAGCAACAGCAGCAGCAGCAGCAACAACAGCAGCAGCAGCAGCAGUAUGGCCAGUAUGUGACCAAUGGGUGGCAAGUUCCCUCCUACAGCAUGUACAACCAGACAUGGAACCAGCAAGGAUUUGGAGUAGAGCAGUCCCAGUCCCCAGCCUGGGUGGGAAACUUUGGAUCUCAGUCAGCCCAGGCUGCAGCCCAACCUGCUCCAGUAAUGUCCAACUUGACCAACUUCAGCAUGGCUGGCUACCAAUCACAGUGAGCUGGCUCUAAACUAAGUAUAACACCAGGGAGCAUUUGUGAAGCCUUCAGACCACACAGCACUCUUUCAACUGGACAUCUUUGGUAACAGAGGGACAGGGGCCAUAUUCACAAAGCCUUUGUAGCGAGUAGUUGCUCCUGCGCUAGUAAAAUGAUUCUUUUAAAUGACUAUGCUAAUUUGACUUAGAACUUCUUUUAAGUUUAUUUGAUGAUGAUUAAGAGUUCUGCUAUGGAAAAAUGCUCUUGGGCGUCUGAAGUUAAUCCAAACCACCUGACUAUCUGUCCAGCCAUGUAAAUGUUUGGCCCCAUGAAAAUCAUACCUGGUCUGUGACAAGAGGAUUUGAAGCAUUAGCAUGUUUACAGGAUAGGUAUCCAACAGACAGACUCUUUGGUGCUUUUCCUCUCAUCACAUCAUAUAAGUUGAAAAAUUGGCCAAACCAUCAAAAAAAAAGAGCAACACUUUUUCUAAAGAUUAUAAAAUCCCAACAAAACAGAUUUUAUUCUGUGGAGCUAAAAGCACAGUUCACUACAAGCCAUCAUGUUAGUCCAGCAGCUCACUGGAAUAUGAUGAGGAUUAAAGUCCUCUGAAACCUCAAACUUUCUAUCAUGUUGAACUAUAGCAAUAUCUGCCCUCACUUUACCAAUAUGGUUUUGUAAUAUUUCUGUGAAAAUAUGCUGGUUAGUUACAGACUCGUCAAAAUAUUUUCUUGUCAUACUUGGGGCAUUUUUCUGUCAUUUUAUACGACAGAGGACAAAUCCACACAUGUCUUCAUAAGUUAAUUUUGUAAUAUAUGUCAGUUUUUUAAAAGGCAUACAGUGUUGUACAGAUCAAGCAAGAUGAUCCGUUAUCAUUGAUUUGUGCAACAUGAUCUGCUUCAGUUCAUACAAUAUCUAUAAAAUCAGUCCUGUUUGAUACAUUAAUGAAAAAUGCUUUGUGAAUAGAGGCCCUGGAACCAUAGCUUACCUUUCCAGUAAUUGAAGAGAUUAUUUGUACAAUAAACAAGGCUUUAAAGGAGAUUAUAGCGCAAAUUAUAGCGCAAUGUGCUGUCUCUUGGGUAAAUUUUGUGUAUUAAAAAAAACUUUCACCUUCACGGCUCUCAAAGUAAAAACAAAUAUGUUUUCAUGUUUUGUAUCAGAGUGAUCAGUAUGUUCUCUGCAGACUUUUGAUGGAUUUUACUUUACACUGAAAUGUAGCCUAGAUAAGACUAAUUUAUAAUCCUGUGUCUCAAAGCAAAGGCUACUUAGCACAUGCUCUCUGUACAAAGAAAAUAAUGUAAAAACAGUGCAACCCCCAAACUUUGUAAAUUUCACUGAUUGUCUGCAGCUUCUGGGGCUGGUUUCCUGGAGGAAUAUUGAACUUAAAAAUGUUCUUCCUUAUCCCUUCCUCUUGUUAACCUCAGUUAAAUUAAAGUUAUUUCUUUCUGAUGGCUGUGAGAACUGAAGACUCAAUUUAUCACUAAAACCAGCCCCUAAUGACAUUGCAUUAUGUUUUACAUCAUUCAAAACAUUUUCAGUGGCCCACUAUAAAUUUGGAUUGUUUUAAUUUAUAUAAAUUUGGUGGAAGUGGAAGGUUUUCUAAAUGUCAUUCAUUUGUCGGGGCCGCAUUCACUUUUCCACAUUUUCUGCAUUAUUUAGCAGAAUAUGUUCAUAUAGCCCAGGUAAACUAUAAAAAAAAUAAAAAUAACAAGAGGAAUUCUCCAACACAUUCUUCUAUUUGGAUUUUAUUUGCAUAUGUGCCAUUCUGUACAGUGUAUCACACUCCCUGUAAGCUCACUCUACUCCUCCUGUCGUACUAGCCAAUAUACUUGAUAAUGUUUUUGUUACUUUAUUCGAGCUGGGGAUGUUCAAUUAACAAAACAGGGUCAUGUUUGCCGAGUGUAAAUAUAAACCUUGAUCACAGACCUUCAUGAAACUUAAUAAAUAAUGUACAUACUGUAGGUAGAAUGUUAUGAGAUAAAAUGCCAUCAUUAAAUUUCAGCAAUAUUAUUUAUGCAUAAGCCUUAAUUGAUGUGCUGGUAAAUUCAAACUUUGUUAUUUGCGGAGGCUCCAUUACAGAUCUAAAUUCUUUCCCCCAUUUUUAAGUCUGUGUGCCAUUUUCAGGACGUAGCAGGAGGCAGGUGAAGUUUCAGCUCAAACUACAUGCUUAUGACACAUGAUGUAUUUCUUGCUUAAAAAUAAUGAAUGUAUUGGCAAUUCGCUUUUUUGACGAUAAUACAUGUACGUUGAACAACAGAAGUGAUGUUUGGUAAUAAAGGAUGAAAACAGUUUUCCAUUGAACAGAAAAUAUCAAGUCACUUCAAAUAAAGAAACAUUUCAAACUG